CUUAUGGGACCCACUCUCUUUUCCCCUCUCACACACACAAAACAACAUCCAACACAAAAUCACCACCACACCUUCACCAAAACAGAAUCAACAACACUCUUCCGCAAGAAGAAACCGCCACAAACCACCACCACCACCGCCACCUCUCAUGGAAGAGCUCUCAGUGGGGCCGUUAGUCCCCGCCGUGAGACCCGAGCCAUCUAAAUCUCUCGCCGUCGCAGAAGCCGCCGCCGCUGUCGUCGCCGGAGACGCUGCGUUUCCGGUCUCGAUGUCGGAGCCGGAUAAGGACUUCUUGUGCCCGAUUUGCAUGCAGAUCAUCAAGGACGCGUUCCUCACCGCCUGCGGCCAUAGCUUCUGCUACAUGUGCAUCAUCACUCACCUCGGGAACAAGAGCGAUUGCCCUUGCUGUGGCCACUACCUCACCAACAGCAACUUGUUCCCUAACUUGUUGCUCGAUAAGCUACUGAAGAAGACAUCAGCUCGUCAAAUAUCAAGAACAGCGACCCCCGUGGAGCAUUUCCGGCAGGCAUUGCAAAAGGGUUGUGAUGUAACAAUUAAAGAGCUAGACACCCUUUUGUUACUACUUGCUGAGAAGAAAAGAAAAAUGGAACAAGAAGAAGCUGAGAGAAAUAUGCAAAUAUUGUUAGAUUUCUUGCAAUGCUUAAGGAAGCAAAAAGUUGAUGAGUUGAAGGAGGUUCAAACUGAUCUUCAAUUCAUAAAGGAGGACAUUAGUUCUGUGGAGAAACAUAGACUGAACUUAUACCGUGCACGGGACAGGUACUCUGUGAAAUUGCGGAUGCUUGAUGAUUCUGGUGGAAGAAAAUCAUGGCAUUCAUCAAUGGAUAAGAAGAACAGUGGCCUUUUAUCUAGUCCGUUAAAUCUUCGAGGAGGGUUGUCUUCAGGGAGUCAUACCAAAAGAAAUGAUGGAAAGUCCCUAAUAACCUCUCAUGGGCAUGGAAUCCAAAGAAAAGAUGCCAUCAGUGGAUCAGAUUCACAGUAUAUAAAUCAAUCGGGUCUUGCUCUAGUUAGGAAAAAAAGGGUUCAUACACAGUUCAAUGACCUACAAGAAUGUUAUCUACAAAAAAGACGGCAUGCAGCAGAUAAACCCCAUAGCCAACAAGAUAGAGAUGUAAAUCUUAUAAGUCGAGAAGGUUAUAGUGCUGGUCUUGACGAUUUUCAGUCAGUCUUGACAACUUUCACACGCUACAGUCGAUUGAGAGUCAUUGCGGAACUAAGGCAUGGGGAUAUAUUUCAUUCGGCCAACAUAGUAUCAAGCAUAGAGUUUGACCGUGAUGAUGAUUUGUUUGCUACUGCUGGGGUUUCACGGUGCAUUAAAGUUUUUGACUUUUCUGCGGUUGUGAAUGAACCUACAGAUGCUCAUUGUCCUGUAGUGGAGAUGACUACACGUUCAAAACUCAGUUGCUUGAGUUGGAAUAAAUUUGCUAAGAACCAAAUAGCUAGUAGUGAUUAUGAAGGAAUUGUGACUGUGUGGGAUGUAACCACUCGGAAGAGUUUAAUGGAAUAUGAAGAGCAUGAAAAACGUGCUUGGAGUGUUGAUUUUUCAAGAACAGAUCCCUCUAUGCUGGUCUCUGGUAGUGAUGACUGUAAGGUCAAAAUAUGGUGUACAAACCAGGAGGCUAGUGUCCUGAAUAUAGACAUGAAAGCAAACAUAUGUUGUGUCAAGUAUAAUCCUGGAUGUGGCAACUUCAUUGCAGUUGGGUCAGCUGAUCAUCACAUCCAUUAUUAUGAUUUGAGAAAUACUAGCCGUCCGGUCCAUGUUUUCAGUGGGCACAGGAAGGCUGUGUCAUACGUGAAAUUUUUGUCUAAUGAUGAACUUGCAUCUGCAUCAACGGAUAGUACACUGCGAUUAUGGGAUGUUAAGCAAAAUUUACCAGUUCGAACUUUCAGAGGCCACACAAAUGAGAAAAACUUUGUUGGCCUUACAGUAAGCAGUGAAUACAUUGCAUGUGGCAGUGAAACAAAUGAAGUAUUUGUCUACCACAAGGAAAUCUCCAAGCCUCUGACUUGGCAUAGAUUUAGUUCCCCUGAGAUGGAUGAUGCGGAGGAUGAGGCUGGAUCUUACUUCAUCAGCGCUGUAUGCUGGAAGAGUGAUCGCCCAACCGUACUAACUGCAAAUAGUCAAGGCACAAUCAAAGUUCUGGUGCUUGCAGCUUGAGCAUAUUGAAAAAUGAAUACAAUGUUGAAUCGAGCUACAAAAACUAACGAACAAACAAAGAGUCCAUAAGGACUAGCGUUUCAACAUCUGAAGGAGGGUCUUCCAAGAAGCAAACGUCCAUCAAAGCUGAUCGAACUCCUGUCUUGGCGAGGGAAUCCGCCGUCGCAUUGCAUUCUCGACGGGCUACAUGAAUGCUCAAGCUCCAAUCCCUGGUCUUGAAGCUGCGAAUGACAUUCAGGAUGGGCAGAAAAUGACAGCUCUCUUCAUCCUCCAUCGCCUGCAGCAGCUCCCCACAGUCCACCUCCACCAUGACAUGACGAUGACCCCGAUCCCACACCAGCUUCAGGCCUAUCAACAGUGCAGUAGCUUCUGCAAUUAACGCAUUCCCCCCUCUUCGGUGAGCAUAAAAACCGCACAACCAUUUGCCUUGAUCAUCCCGAAUCAAGCCACCCGCCCCCAUACAACGAUCCUGCUCCCAAAAACUCCCAUCCACGUUCAGCUUAACAGUCCCUUGCCUCGGCGGUUGCCACCUGGAACUCAGCCAAGACCCAGGAUCCCCUGCAUCCCCAUCUGAAAAAGUAAUGAACUCAUCGUGCUCAUGACAAAGCUUACGCCAAGCUUCAUCAACCGACCAAGGUGAAUCCUCGAAAACCAUGUUAUUCCUCCAUUUCCACACUCACCACACACCAGCCAAGAACUUCACGCUAUUCCUAAUUCGAGGCUGCUGAUCCAACUGCGAUGAUCUCCAACACCAAAAUUAGUCCACGCCAAUGCCCCAAGCCUUAGCCAAAUUUCUUGGGAGUGAGGGCAAUCUCUGAGACAGUGUAAGAUAUCCUCCUCCGGGGCUGAACAACGAAAAAAACUAAAAAAAGAGAGAAAUUUAAAAAUGGAGAGAUGUGUGACAAAUUGAAUGUAUGUGUUUAACUGUUUACAGUGUAUACUAACUGAAAUUUGUAAAGCACAUUAGAUGUUUUUGCUAUGCUUAAUAUAGAGAAAAAAAACAGAGUACAACUACUCAUACACUCUGACAUCUAUGUGAUAUCUGCAUCGUUUUCAUUAUCUGAAUUAGGUCUUGAAUUGAUUUGUUAUAUUCUAAUUUUGUAAUACACUCUACAUGUGAGGUAAUGUCUUCGAAAAUAAGAAUGAAACAGUGUAGAGGCCAA